AUGAGCUUCCAGGCCUCACCCACACUGGUGCAGCGGGCAGUGCAGAGCCUGCUGAGGGACGAGGCCCUGGCCAUCUCUGCUCUGAAGGACCUGCCCAGGGUUCUGUUCCCAGCACUCUUCAAGGAGGCCUUCAACCAGAGACAAACUAACAUCCUGAGGGCUAUGGUAGCAGUAUGGCCCUUCCCCUGCCUCCCUGUGGGAUCGCUGAUGAAGACUCCCUACCUGGAGUCCUUGCAGGCUGUGCUGGAUGGAGUAGACAUGCUGCUCACACAGGUUUGGCCCCGACUUGGUGAGUAUCAUACCUACUUGUUGCGGGGAGCCAAGAAGCCAAGGAAGAGGUCCCUGCAGCUCUGCUGCCCCAAGUUGCAGAUUUGGGUGUUGCCUGUCUAUACCGUCAUAGAGAUCCUGAAAGUAUUUGAACAGGACACUGUCCAGGAGCUGGAACUGAAUUCACAGUGGCAGCUGGAAGCCUUGGUACGCUUUACACUUUACCUGGGCCAGAUGAGAACUCUUCAAAAAUUCCUUGUGGCAGGAGUCUAUGAGAAUAACUGUGUUAAGAAUAUGAAGUAUAUCCACGAUUUUAUCUCCCAGUUCUCCAAGCUCAACUGUCUGCAGCAUUUCUGCAUGAAUCGAAUCUCCUUUCUCACCUGCCAGAUGGAGCAUUUGGUCUGGUGCCUGAAGAGCCAGCCCCUUGGAGACCCUGUCCCUCACUCUUGGCCUACUCACAUAGACUUGAACCACUUACCCCAACAUCAGAGCCUUUGGCAGCGCAAACACCUGAAUCUGAGUGGUGUCCCAUUAUUUCCUUUACGUUUUAAGCCCACCCUAGUUCUCCUAGAGAGCAUUACAGCCACUCUGCAGACCCUUGCAUUAGAAGACUGUGAACUGAAUGACUCCCACAUCAUUGCCCCUCUGCCUGUCCUGAGCCAAUGCGCCCAGAUCACCAAGAUCAGCUUCUACAACAGUCUCAUAUCCAUGCUCAUCCUAAAGGACCUCCUGUCCCACACAGCCGACCUGAGCCAAUUGACCUGGGUUGUAUACCCUGCCCCUUUGGAACGCUAUAUCUAUGGUCCCCUCAUUUUAGAUAGAUUUGUCCAACUCUGUUCUUCACUCACAACUACACUAAGGGACAUAAGGCAGCCUGAGAAGGCCAGCUUUGGUUCUGAAAUCUGCCCUGAAAUGAUCUUCGACUCCUAG